AUGGAUGAACAACAUGACACAGAACCACUUAGUGAUGAUAGAGAACUGUCACGUUUUGGAGGUGACACCGAGCAUGGAUGUGGCAGUGAAACUGGUGAUGAAAGAAGUAGUGAGACAACACCAAUUCAGGACCUGGAAGAGUUGUCGCGGGCGCAACCACGGCCAGGGUCAUGCCCAACAGGGCCCACCGGGCCGGAGUCAAGUGAACAUGCAGAAGGUCUUGACUGCCCUGGCAGUGACAAGGAGAAUGUUGAACCAUCCCCGUCGCCACCACAGUCCAUCUCCACAAUACCAGACAACGUCUCUCAGGACCGACCCUUGAGGGACAUUGAUGCCACAGUCAGUGGCUCUUUUAGACACCCUCUUGAAGCAGACACAGGCUGCCCCCAUAUCCUGCUACACCGUGAGGCUAGGGAUGGGAGUCUCGAACUUCUCCUGUGGGCGCCCAUUUGGCGGUCGGAGGAUGACAUUGCAAAGGUCUAUCCGGAUCAGCUCAAGCGAUACAAGGAGAGGUUUGGCAUUAGGUUUGCAAUAAGGGCCUCUCAGGUGGGAAAGAGAGCACCGUCCCCUUUUCCAGAGCCCAGGAGAUCAUUCCCGUCAGAAAAAGCUGCGGCAGAACUAAGUUUAGGUAUCAUGCCCAAAUCACGUGCCCAAAUGUAUUGUUAA